CACUAAAUCCCCUUUAAGCUGGCUCUAUCAAAAGAACUCUACGCACUGCUUCACCUUAAACUACAACCGCCAUGUUCCCAUUCCUGUUGCUAGCUUAUGUUGUAGCUGUAAAGGUCUUCAAGAAAACUGCUCCUAAUGGAAAACUAACUGUAUAUUUAGGCAAAAGAGAUUUCGGGGAUUAUGGAGAUUCCGUUGAACCAGUUCAAGGAGUUGUAGUGGUUGAUACUGACUACGUCAAAAAUCGCAAAGUUUUUGGCCAAGUAGUAACAACCUUUCGAUAUGGCCGUGAAGAAGAUGAAGUCAUGGGUUUGCACUUCAGUAGGCAAUUAUAUCUGGCUCUUGGACAAGUAUAUCCUUCAGACCAAGGACUGGAAAAAUCUGAGCUCCAAGAUAAACUUAUUAGGAAGCUGGGAGAAAGUGCUAUCCCCUUUACCUUCGAUUUGCCAGAAAAUGCCCCACCCUCGGUCACCUUGCAACCAGGACCAGAAGAUCAAGGAGCACCUUUGGGUGUUGAGUACGAACUUAAAUUAUUCGUUGCAGAGAACAAAGAAGAAAAACCACACAAAAGAAACUCAGUUUCUAUGGCGAUCAGAAAACUGCAAUACUAUCAGCCAGGACCAAACACCAGACAACCAAGCGCCGUCGUCAGUAAAGGAUUCGUACUGAGCCCAGGAAAACUUCAAAUGGAAGUUACCUUGGACAAAGAAUAUUAUUUCCAUGGGGAUAAAAUAGCUGUCCAAAUGGUCGUGACCAACCAUUCUAAGAAAACCAUAAGGAACAUCAAGGUUAAUGUUAUCCAAAACACUGAAGUAACAAUGGUCAACGGUCAUUACCAUAAAGCAGUUGCUAGCAUUGAAUCAAAAGAAGGAUGCCCAAUAAUACCAGGAGCUACUUUGUCUAAGAUAUUUUACCUUCUACCAUCUGCUGAUAGGAAGUUAAAACGAGGUGUGGCAUUGGAUGGAAUGCUGAAAGAAGGAGAUACCAAUCUUGCCUCUUCUACCUUAAACACAAAUGAUUCUUUAGGUAUUGUCAUCUCGUAUAUGGUUCGUGUACGGUUAUAUAUGGGAGCUAUCGGUGGUGAACUGGUAGCUGAUGUACCUUUCAAACUCGUCAGUCCUACCCCUGAGAAAGAGAAAGAAGUAAAAAGUAUGCAAAGAAAAGUCCGCAGGCAGCUGUCCAGAGAAAUGAGUACUGAUAUUGUAUUUGAAGAUUUUGCAAGAAGACGGCAGUUCAGUGAAGACAAUGAAUAAAUAUUCUCCAACAGUAUAAGGCUUUCCGUGUCUAAUAGUACAAUGAUUCAACUAAAAAGCUUAACUGUAAACAGGCUUAAAGUUCAUUUCAAAAGCUCUAUUCUUCAUGUUUACCACCUAAUGUCCUUAACAUAAAAAGCAAUAAAAAAUGGUCUGUUCACAGCCUUAAAA